AACCAGACAGGCCUCAGCUCCCCCCCCCUCCACCUAAAAAAACCAUCAACACUUCUCUGCAUGUGUCUCCACUAUGUGUCCUCAUGUGAUCACCAUGUUCCUCUGCACCCUCCCCCUCGGCCUCUCGCAUCUCAGCAGUGGGAUGGACACCACAGUAGAUAUCUGUGAGGACCCCCGUGCAAAGGUUCCUACAUUUUUAGCGGUCGGGAAAAGAUUGACUUCUUGGACGGGGAGCGCCUUUGUAAACAUUCGAAGAAUUUGACGGGAAACUGUUUGGGGCAUUUUUGUCACACGCCAGCGCGAUGGGCCUCUUUGAGUUCCUUUGUCUGCUGCUCUAUGUGACUGUCACUCAUGCCAGCAGCGAGGUGCACAAGUGGACCAGGCAGAAGCUCCCGGUGCUGACGGCCCAAAAAACCGAGCUUCAAGAGAAACGUUUGUUCAGGAGACCAACGGCGGAUGCAAAGGGAGGCGAAGUUUCCAAACUCUGCGGUAUAGAGUGUCAAAGUGGCCUACCGCCCUUAAACCCAAGCGAGCAAGAGAGGAUUCUGGGAUACGAGACGAUGUAUGACAAUGGCACGUGCACGCGCACUGACGUCAGAUUGCGGGGUUGGAACACGACGGGACCGGCUCCGUACGUUUCGUCGCCGAGUCGCAGGAAGCGGCAGGUUUACGGCGCCGACGGUCGCUUCGUCAUCUCCGACUGGCAUUUCAUCACCAACUAUCCUUUCGCCACCGCCGUGCGCCUUUCCACGGGCUGCUCCGGGGUCUUGGUCUCCCCCAAACACGUGUUGACGGCUGCCAACUGCAUCCAUGACGGGAGUUACUAUCUGGAGAGCGUGAAAAGCUUGAAAGUCGGAGUGCUACAACUCCGAAACAAAAGAGGGAGGAGGAGGAGGAAGAGACGGCAGAGGGCUGCAAGGAAAACAAACCAGCAAAAAGGAGAGCUUAUGCGGGAUGGAGAGAAGAAUCGAAUUGCUCGAGAUACAGCGAGAAGCAGCAGGGACUGGGGGGUGGGAAUCAGUCCCCCCAGUAGGCAGCCCGUCUUUCGCUGGAUACGAGUCAAACAAACGCGCAUCCCGCAAGGAUGGAUCCACUCGAGGAACUCCUCCGUUUCCCUGGCCACCGACUACGACUACGCCCUCCUGGAACUCAAACGAGCCGUCAAACAGAGGAAGUUCAUGGAGAUCGGCGUGGCGCCCCGCACCUUCCUCCCGGCCCGAAUCCAUUUCUCGAGCUACGACGAAGACAAAAGCUUGAUGGCUGUCCGCGGGGGCGAAAAGGUGGUCUACCGCUUUUGCUCGGUAGUGAAGGAGUCCGACGAUCUGAUGUACCAGCACUGCGAUGCCCGGCCAGGAGCCACCGGGGCGGGGGUUUACGUCCGUCUGAGACAGGAGGACGGACAAGAGGGCGGGAAAGGGAAGUGGCAGCGUCGAGUGAUCGGGGUGUUCUCGGGUCAUCAGUGGGUGCAAGUUGGGGACGGCGAGCAGCGGGACUUCAAUGUGGCGGUGAGGAUCACCCCUGCCAAAUAUGCGCAAAUCUGCCACUGGAUCCACACAGACCCCAGUCACUGUAAAACUCUUUGAAUUCCGACUUACUUUUUUCCAGCUGCGGCACCGUGCCAUCAAGCUUAGGCCACAAAGUAUGCUUCCACACUAACCGUUUUGCAUUUGUUUGUAUUGUGAAGUUGAACCGUUUCAACUGUAGUCUGCUUUAAAAAAAAAUGUGAAAUUGCUGUCUCGUCUGAAACUUUGUAUACACUGUGCAAAUUAGUUUCAUAUUGUUUUAGGGUGGGCUGACGUUAGGGAUGGGGAGCAGAUAUCAAUGCUAACAACGAAGCACGAUGCUUCGUUGUUAGCAUUCGAAGUCCAUUAAACACUGGCGGCGGUGUUGUUGUCCUUGAUUUGUUUUGACAGUGGUCAUAACUAAGAAUUUCAAAUGAACCCUUCUUAAAUUGUUGCGCGUGUCAAAUUUUCGGCGUGUGGACCGGCUUAAAUUAGCUCGAGUUGAAAAAUGCAAAACAAAGCUUGCUAGUAUGAGAGGAUUCCUGGAGUAGUGACAAUUAAUGUCAGUGUCCUAAAUGUUUUUCCAACUUUUUUUCAAUAUUGGCUGAUGUGUAUAAACCACUAAAAUCUGAAGAUAACCGGUGUUCGACAGCGAGAUAUAAAUCCUGCAGAUUUUAUUGCAGUCAUGAAGCUUCCCGCCAAAUUAUUAAGCCCGCAGUCGUUCUCAGUGGCUCAAGUGUACACAAAGACUGGUUACGCUGACCUGCUCAAGGUCUAGAACACUGUGCCAACAAAUUAUUUAGUCUCCGGCACAUUUUCAGAGCUAAGAUCGCGAGAGACGACAAACGAGACCGAACAGGGAUAAGUGACAAGCCGUGACGUCCGUUUGGGUGAUUUGUAUUUUAUUGCAUCUCAAAGGAGGACUCACAUGCAGGUUAAGGAAAAGAGGGGUGGGGGGGAUGGGGGGCUGCCAGGGAGAAUGGAUUCGUAGUCCUCAACCUCCCCAAAUGGCGCAGCCUUCAUAGAAACACUGAGCAAACAUCAUCUAUCCGCAUUGUCUGGUAUGUAAAUGUCAUUGUCGCCUUUAUUGUAUUUUUCUUUCAACAUGUAAUUGCCACAAUGGAUUAAGAUGCAGUCACUUAUUUUUUUUUAAAUAAACAACACACAGAACAUCCAGCGUAUACGUGAGUGCUUUACAGCGGGUCCUCCCAGUGAGCAAAUGUACCGAAGGCAGUCAAUCCAAUCGCAUGCACAAAUGCUACCAACUUCUUAUUUCAUCCCUAGGCACUCCACACCAGCAGAGGGCGCCACGUCAAACAGCCAGCAAUGUUUUUGAAAUCAAUACUGCUUCUACAAAACUUGACAGGUAUGUUUUCUAACAGGUAUGCUUCCCCCAACAUUUGUAAC